UAGGCAGGUUUAUGUAGAUUUCAGUGUGUGAAUUCUCUCACAUUUUAAUCCUUGAUUGGCUUGAUCUGUGGAAAAUCUCUGCUUUGCAUCUCGGGCAGAAUAAACAAUGUCUCCUUUCUAAACCCUUUGUCCAUCUUUAGAGAGUUCUGAAAGUUGGCAAUAGAAGCAGAAAAUUAUUUACAGUUUAGAAGCCUUUGCAGAAGAAUUAAUUUAUUGGAGGUGCUGCCCAAGCAUUCAGAGAGGAGAAGAAAUUAAGCAGAUCCCAGCAGGAAGGAGCAGAUGCGGCCAAGGCAAAGACAGAAUCUGCUGCAGCCAUGCCAUCGGGUCCUGUUGCAGAGACGUUCCGAGUUAUUCAAGGGGCAGUGACUGAGGAGUACGUGAGAAGUACUCAGGGUGUCUUUCAGUUUGAGCUCUCUGGCGAUGGUGGAGGCACUUGGUAUAUUGACCUGAAGACCAAGGGUGGGAGCGCUGGCUUCGGAAAGGCUCCCGUGGCAGCUGACGUGGUCAUGAGCAUGUCGAGUGCCGACUUUGUGAAGAUGUUCACAGAUUUGGAGGCCCAUAAAAAUGAAAUGACUAAAAAUCUUGUGACUGUUUUGCUACUGUGAGUAACUGGAGAGAAAGUUACAGGUUUU